CUGACGGACACUGAAACCAUCUCAAUUAUGUGGUCAAAGAAAUCUACAUUACAUUUUGUUUGGUAUUGCAACCAUACCAUGUUGCAAUCAUGUGUAAUCGCCUAGCAUAAGUUAAUGUUAAGAGAAGUGACACAUGUAAAAACAUACCAUGAAUAAAGUUGAUGGAAGAAAGCCUAAUUAUUACAAGUUUUCCAAUUACAAAACAUAUUAAACAUGGCGCAGUCGUAUACUCACGGACCAGUAAAGCUACCCCCUGAUUUUGACCUGCAAGGGCAGAAUGCGGCCAUGGAGUGGAAGUUUUGGAAGGUCGCCUUCGAAGACUACUUGGUUGCUACAGGGCAACAUGAACCUAAUACCAAUGUAAAGUUAGCGAUUCUGAGAAAUAUUAUUGGUACCGAAUCUUCGCGAAUUAUGUGCACCAUUGCAAUACCCGAUGGAACAGAUGAUCCUUACAAAUAUAUGAUGGGACAAUUGGAGGCAUAUGUAAAUCCACGUUUUAAUGAGGUAGUUGAAAGGCACAAGUUUCUGAGUAGGAACCAGAAAGAAGGUGAAUCAUUCGAACAUUUUCUAACUGACAUAAAACAUCUCGUGAAGUCUUGCAAUUACAGCACAAUAGACCCAGAUGAAACUGUUGAAGAAAAAGCUUUAAGGGAUAAAAUUGUCAUGGGUAUUCGUGACACAGUUACACGAGAAGCCUUGCUAAGGGUUGAUAAGUUAAAGUUAAAUAAAGCUAUAGAUAUUUGUCGUGCCAGUGAAAUGAGUAGAAAUCAAAACAAAAUGUUUUCUGAAGAAAGCGCAGAAGUAAACACGGCUACAAAAAGGCAUGACAAGAGAAAGGGCUCCAAACAAAACGACACCAAAGCACAGGAAAAAUUUAAGUGUAAGCGUUGUCAAAGUAUGCAUGGCCCCCGGGAGUGUCCUGCGUUCAGGAAGCCUUGCACAAAGUGUGGAAUUUUAAACCAUUUCGCAAUUGCUUGCCGAGUGAGAAAUAUUAAAAAUGUGCAACAAAAUGUCAACAGCGAUAGUGAAGAUAGCUGUAGCAGUUUAUUUGUCAAUCAUGUUAAUUUUUUAGGUAGUUCUAAGGACCUUUGGGACGAGAUUGUCGAAAUUGAGGACACGAAAUUCAAGGUAAAACUGGACACAGGAGCUGACGUCUCUGUGAUCCCGCGCAAAAUUUUUGAUAAAAUAGACAAACAAUUUAAGGUACGUAAAAGCAAUUAUAUCAUUAAGGAAUUUGAAGGCACUCAGGCUAAAAGUAUUGGCACUGUAAACCUAUUUUGUAAAUAUAAAAACAAAAAUGUCUAUGAAGAUUUUGUAAUCAUAGAAGGGGUUAACAAAAUUUUAUUAGGUGGCCAAGCUUGUGUUGAUCUUGGUCUCUUGAAAAGAAUCAAUAAAGUAAAUAUUCAAGAGUAUAACAAAAACCGAGACAAAGAUAAAUUUAUAUCUGAGAAUUCCAACAUUUUUUCUGGUUAUGGUAGGUUUGAGGGAAAGUAUAAAAUUACAACGGUCAAAAAAUUGAAACCGGUUAGCUACCCCCCUACAAGGGUUCCAUUUGCUAUAAAAAGUGCUUUGAGAGAUGAGCUCGAUAGACUUGUACAGAGGAAGGCUAUCGUGAAGGUUGAAGAGAUAGACCCGCGAGCUAGCAUAAACCGAAUGGUUAUCGUCGAAAAGAGUAACGGUAAGUUAAGAAUUUGUUUAGAUCCCCAGGACCUUAAUACCCAAAUUGUAAGAAAACCACAUCCAGUAAAAAAAAUUGAAGAAGUUUGUUCCGGAAUGACAGGCAAAAAAGUAUUUUCCGUAUUUGAUUUGGCUGAAGGAUACCACCAUCUAGAAUUAGACGACAGUUCUUCUUGGAAAUGUUGCUUUGCCACCCCCUUUGGCAUUUAUCGAUACACUGUUUUACCGUAAGGACUCUCUAAUUCCCAAGACUUAUUCCAAGAACAGAUCGAAAGUAAGUUUGGUGACUUGGAAAAUGUGCAGCUGCUCCAUGAUGAUAUGAUAAUCAUGGGAAUAGACAAAGAGGAACAUGACAGGGCAGCCGAACAAGUGAUAAGAAGAGCAAAAGAAGUGGGCGCUUAAUUUAACAAAGAAAAAUUCCAGUAUUGCCAAAAGCAAGUCAAAUUUAUGGGACAAGUUUUUUCAGAGAAGGGCAUGGAAAUAGAUCCAGAGAGGGUAGAGUCUCUUCGCAAAUUACAAAGCCCAAGAGAUAAAACCGAACUGCAGAGAAUUAUAGGUAGUUUCAAUUAUGUUAGGAAGUACAUUCCAAAUAUGGCCGAUCACAUUAAACCUCUUUGUGAACUGUUAAAAUCUAAUGUUGACUUCAAGUGGCUUCCUUUACAACAAGAAUGUUUCGACAAGUUAAAAGAGAUAAUUACUAAAUCCCCAGCACUA